GUCUGUCAGGGUCCAUGAUCAACUAAUGGACACACAGAAGCUCACUUGCUUUCUCUUUCACUGCUUCGUAUCCUGUCUUUUCCGGACAGGACACAGGUUAUUUUGUGGACUUUGUUAGUAUUUUCAUAUUAGUCUCAUCUGCGAGGUUACCCAGUCUUAAACUUCCCCCUCCUUCUUGGAUCUUGUUUACUCUUGCUGGGAUUUUUCUUCCUAUUUUCAGGCGGUUUUGCCUCAUUUCCUCUGUGUAUAUCAACGUUUCCAACAUCUACGCUCUCCUUCUGCUUUUCCUCCUAUCUUCUAUUGUUCCCUCUUUCCUUGUGUGUGGCUUUGGGCUAUGCUUUCCUCACCUGCUGUGAUUCUCCAGCCUUAUGGACUCCCUGUGUACCCACAGACAACCACAUGCUACCCCAGCAUAGUUCAGGGAGGCCCCACCCAGGAGGCCGGGCCCGGCAGCGGCGACUCCGUCCUGCCCCAGGUCUACGCCCCGCCCCCUCCCUACCCCCCACCGGGCCAGGGUCCCCCAUCCUCCGCGGGCAGACUCCCGCCUCUGGACUUUAGCUCCGCGCAUGCGAGCCCAGAGUACGCAGAGCAUCCCCAGCUCAGGGUCUACCAGGGCCCUCAGCAUGAGGCGGGGGAGGCCCUGACACCCGGCGCCACGGAGGACACCUUGGCUCCUGUGACCUCUGACCCCCAGGCUCUGAGCUCUUCGGCGUCAUCGGCAGGUGGAGCAGGAAGUGGAGGUGAGGAGGAGGGGUCGGGCAAGGCCCAGCCCAAACGCCUGCACGUCUCCAACAUCCCGUUCCGCUUCAGAGACCCAGACCUCCGCCAGAUGUUUGGGCAAUUUGGCAAGAUUCUUGAUGUCGAAAUUAUCUUUAAUGAGAGGGGGUCUAAGGGCUUUGGAUUCGUCACCUUUGAAAGUGCAACUGAAGCUGACAGAGCACGAGAAAAACUGAACGGCACGAUCGUAGAAGGAAGAAAAAUUGAGGUUAACAACGCUACUGCAAGAGUAGUAACCAAGAAGCCGCAGACGCCUCUGGGUGUGAAUGGAGAAAUUUCAACCUCUGGAUGGAAGAUCAACCCCGUCAUGGGAGCGAUGUAUGCCCCUGAGCUCUACACAGUCGCCAGCUUCCCGUAUCCCGUAGCGACCCCCACGCUGGCCUACCGGGGGUCUGCGCUGCGCGGCCGAGGCCGAGCCGUCUACAACGCCAUCCGCUCCACCGCGGCCACGCCCGCGGCCGUGCCCGCGUACCCAGGGGUGGUGUACCCCGAGGGGCUGUACGGAGCAGAGGUCUACGGUAGUUAUCCUGCAGCAUACAGAGUGGCCCAGUCAGCAUCUGCUGCCACGGCGACCUACAGCGAUGGAUACGGACGGGUUUACGCCACAGCUGCAGAUCCCUAUCACCACUCGGUCGGCCCGACGACGACAUACGGAGUUGGUACAAUGGCCAGUUUGUACAGGGGAGGAUACAACCGCUUCACCCCGUACUGACGGCCCUCCUGAACCCUGGGACCGGCUGAUCCCAGGACGAUGCCGGACGGGUCACAGGAUCCAACGUGGACUUGGCUUCAUGCUGUCGUCAUUGCAGCCCGUCCUGGAGAAUUUAAAAAGACUGGAGGUGUAAAUACUGCUGGAUCCUAUUUACUGUCCAUAGAAGAGGAUGUUAAUAUAUAGACGGCUGCUUCAAACCUUUCAUGGACUUUAGGUACUGAUGCUGGUAUGUGGUUAGAGCGUAGCUGGUGCACCAUACUGUGAGUUUUGUGAUUAAAAUUAGUUUCAUCGGGCAAAUUGUAAAAAAAGAUUUUGUCCAAUGUUAAAUGACUUAUUUUUGAUGAUGAUUAUUUUACUAAUUCUUUUUUCAAUGUGUGUGUGUGUGUGUGUGUGUGUACUUGUUUUCCCCGCAACGUGGGGACCAGAAACCAUGUUUUGCUAUCAAGGUGAGGUCACUUUGACAAUGUAGGGACACUUGGCAGGUCCCCACCAGUCCGAAGGCUUUUUGAGGGUCAAGACGUGAUUUUAGGACUGUGGUUAGAAUUGAGUUUUGGUUCAGAUUAGAGCAAGGGUUGGAAGUCUGCCUUUAUUUGUGAUGGUUGGGGUCAGGGUAAGGGGCUAGGGAAGCAUUAUGUCAUUGGUGAGUCCCCACGUUAAGUACAAACACGAGUGUGUGUGUGUGUGUGUGUGUGUGUGUGUGUGUGUGUGUGUGUGUGUGUGUGUGUGUGUGUGUGUGUGUGUGUGUGUGUUAAAGAGAGAGCAUCUGAGUUCAUUUAUCCAGACUGAGAGACAGCUGUGACACUAUACGGUACCACUAUUCAAACACUAAAAUAUUACGUUUGUCUGGACGUAGUUGGGAUUUCAUUUUUCUUUUGUCUUUUCUAACAAUCUACCUCUCACUCUGUAAAUUUAUGGCUUCUCGCUACGUUUUCCUGUGACCUGUGCUUGCUCUUUUCUUCUCUGUGUAGGUUCUGCGUAGGUUCUCUGUCUGUUCUGCAGCAGCUGAGCGUCCUGACGUCUGUCGACUCAUUUCUUUAUUUACUUAUUUACUCAGGAUCAUUUCAUUUAAACCCAUUUAAAUUUUAUAUUCAUAUUGUUACAAACUCAAUUUAAUUAUUUGUUGCUGGCGUAACAUCAGAAACAGAUUAAUGAAUUGGUUCCAAUACAAGACAACACUCUCACUCACAAACAUGGGAUGGUCACAUGUUGCCUUUCUUCAUCCUUUCUUUGUUCUUUUUCGGGUAAAACCAUCACUUGUGUCUUGUGUCUUGUCUUUGUUUGCCCCUUUAGCUGCUGUGCCUAAAUAAAACUGUUUUCAGUCUC